AUGUCUACUGUAACCUUGCUACCGUUCCCAGUGAAUCAAACAUCCAGCUUUAUAGAGACUUUGACUGAUUGUGACAACUUUGCUCAUGGAAACUGUUCCGGCGAAGAAGAAGAAUUACAACGCAAGAGUACGCCAUCAUUUGAUCUGUGGACGGAUUUCGAAGCUUACCGAUACGGCUACUGGACAAUCGUGCUGUUCGUUGUCUUGCUGGGCAUUAUCGGAAACAGCCUUCUGUUUGUUAUGAUGGGGGACAAGCAGCUGAAUUCUCUUUCAUACUCAGUGUACUUGAAAUUCCUGGCUAUAUCUGAUAGCUUGGUGCUAAUCAUAAACCUUAUCAAUAAAAGUGAAGCUACAUUUUUAGAGAAUCGACCUACACAGGUUUUCUUAUGUGUAGUGUCCAUCAGCGUCAGAGUUCUCGUGACGAUUCUGUCGCCGUGGCUGGUGGUUGGACUCACGCUCGACAGAUGCGUCUGUGUGUGUUUUCCUCUGUCACGAGAACGAUUCUGUACCAGGAAGAAGGCCAUGUCCGUCUGCUUCACAAUGCUUGGUCUGUCUCUUGUCUUGGUUGUGCCCUUUUCUGUCGGAACAGAGGUGGUCAACGAUAAAACUUACUCGAAACAGCAUGCUGAAUGA